AUUUCAAAGUAAAAGUCGGGUUGAUAACGCUCUUGUCAAAAGGUAUUUAACUGUAUGAUUGAAAAAUAUGUAAAAAUUAAUUUCGCAUACAGAUAAUUGAUUGUGCUGCAUUAUAUUCCAGCAUAAUAUAUCAUGUUUGUAUGGCAAUUUUGGCCUCGAGGGAAGUUAGCUUGACCGGUAGUUAAUGAGACCACGCGCGCCGGCUAUCCGGUGGGGGCGUUCAGGGUCACUCGGGACAGAUGGGCAUCAGUAGCGCCAGCGACGACCGCGGAGCGCCGUCUCCAGCUCGGAGCCACUGACAAUUCAGACUCGCCCUUAAACGCGCCAUGGGCGACGAUCACAAGAGCGGAGCCCGAAAGGAGGCGCAAAGUCGGGCGGACUCGGCCGGCGAGGCUCCGUUUUGCUUCGGGGACGAACUGGAGCUGAACGGGUUCGACGGUCUGCCCUUCUCGUCGCGGUACUACGAGCUGCUGGCCCAGAGGAGGACGCUGCCGGUCUGGGGACUCCGGCGGACCUUCGACGACGCGCUCGUCCGCGCGCAGCUGCUGCUCGUGUGCGCGCACGCCCACGCGGGCGGGAGCACGCAGAUCCCUCAGUGGUGCGCCGAGUCGUGCCUGUCGGUGCGCUUCCGCCACGGCACGGUGGCGUGCACGCAGGCGGGCGGGCGGCGGGCCGUGGACCUGACGUUGCGCGUGGCCGACGAGAUGGACGUCAACGUGGGCCACGAGGUGGGCUACAGCGUCGGGCGGGAGACCUGCUGCUGCUCCGAUACGGUUCUCAGGUACUGCACCGACGACGUCUUGCUCAGAGAGAUGAUGUCCGACCCGUUUCUGGAGCACUACGGCGUGAUCAUCGUCGACCAGGCCCACCAGAGGACGGUGAGUACCGACCUCCUGCUGGGCCUCCUGAAGGACAUCCUGGCGCACAGGCCCGAGCUCCGGGUGGUGGUCCUCGCCGCCCCGCCCCUGGCGGACAACCUCCGGAGUCACUUCCGAGGAGCGCCGAUCAUCGGACUGGAGUCGCCCUCGUCCGUUCUUCCCGAGGUGGUGCACAGCGGGGGUGGGAAAGACUACUUCUUCUCUGCCCUGAGGCUGGUUCUGGAGAUCCACCGGACCAAAGAGGACGGGGACGUCGUCGUGUUUUUGGCAUCGGAGGAGGAGGUUCAUUGCGCCUCCAGCAUCCUGCAGAAAGAAGGAACCAGACUAGGAGCGCACCUAGGCCGGUUGAUCCCCGCGGUCUUGGGACUCAGCCGGGAAGGACCCGGGCGACCCCCGGAUGAGCGAGGAACCCGCGGAAAAUCCCGUCGAGCUUUCCUUACCAGCGGACACGGGGAGGACCUGUGGUGGCCCGUGGAGUCCGUCAACUUUGUCGUCGACUGCGGAGUCCAGAAGAAAAUGGUUUACAAUCCGAGAAUCAGAGCCAACUCCGAGGUUCUGCAAUCCAUCAGUCGAUGCCAAGCCGAACUACGCCGGAAGCUGUGCGGACCCGCAGGCAAAUGUUUCUGUUUAUACGCGGACGACGGGCAACUUCCUGCCCGGAGAUCCCCUCGGAUCCUGGAGUCCAACAUCACGGCUACCGUUCUGUUCCUGAAGAGGAUGGAGAUCGGCGGUUUGGGCCAGUGCGAGUUCAUCGACCGACCCGAUCCCGAGGGUCUCAUGCAAGCCCUGGAGGAGUUGGACUACCUCGCCGCCCUGGACGACGACGGCAACCUCUCCGAGAUCGGCGUCGUCAUGUCCGAAAUCCCCCUGGAGCCCCAGCUGGCCAAAGCGCUGCUGGCGUCCUGCGAGUUCGACUGCGUCAGCGAGAUGCUGACCGUGGCGGCCAUGCUUUCGGCUCCGAACUGCUUUGUGGAGCCGCCGACGGGAAGGACUCUCGAGGCCUGGCAGUGUCGCAGGAAAUUCCAGCACCACGAAGGCGACCACUUCACGCUCAUCAACGUCUACAGCGCUUUCGACAGAAGCCGGAAGGAUCCUCACUUCAGCGCGGAAAAGUGGUGCAGAGACAAUUUCUUGGACCAUUCAGCCCUGCAGACGGCCGAGAGCAUCAGAGCGGAACUGACCGACACGCUAAACCGGAUCGAGCUGCCCGUUUCGGAACCGGCGUUCGGCACCAGGAGCAACGCGGCCAACCUGAAGCGAGCCCUCCUGGCGGGCUUCUUCAUGCAGAUCGCUCGGGACGUGGACGGUUCCGGGAAUUACCUGAUCCUCGCGCACAAGCACGUGGCCCAAGUUCACCCGCAGUCCGGCUACGGGCCGCGACCCGGCGAGCUGGGUCUGCCCGAGUGGGUCCUGUUCCACGAGUACACGCUGGCCGGGAACAACUUCAUGAGGGUCGUCACCGAGAUUUCACCGCAAGUCUUUAUUCAAACGGUUCCGCUCUACUUCUUCUCCAACCUGCCCCGCAGCGAGAGCAAAGACAUCCUGCAGCACAUGCUGGACCCGCACGCCACAGCCGGCGCUCGGAAGGCCGACGGACACGUCGACGAAAGCGGCGGCGGCCAGUCGGCAGAUCGCUGCGCGGUCCAGUGAUGCGGGAACUGCUCGUGGUGAGAAUAUGAAACAAACCUUUCACAAAUAUGGUACAAAAAAAAAGUGGCUAGAAAAAAAAUGAAGACUUAAUGACAAGUUUUGAUAGGUCUAUCGUUCAGGAAUAUGGUACUGUUAACUUUGGAUUUUUGGAUAUUAUUUUUUUUUUCUUAAAGAGGAACAGCAUCCUACAGUGUCGCGCUUUAAAUUCUCACAAGUUAGUCGAGUAGCGUUUUCCUUUUCUACAACUGGCUGGACGUCCUCGCUACAAUAUUUCCCCCCCCCCAAUUUAAAG